GCAUGAACGAGCACGGUGCGCAGCGGCGUUUGCGGAGCUGGCGCGCGCUUCCACAGGCAGUUUGACGCGCGGACUUCUCCAAGUCGAGAGUGCGAGACCAUCUGCAACGCUUUCUACUUUUACUGCAACGCAAAAAAAAGGGGUUCAACAGGUUCAUCAUGGGAAACAGGUUCAGCAGAAAGCGAGACGCUCCAGCCAACAGUGGGGAAACUGCAGCCACCGAAGAGAAGACUGCAGAGGAGCCAGCAGCCUCUCGGCCAGCAGAGGAGUCUGGGACAACGCAGACUCCGGAGGCUGCUGAGACAGAGAAUCUAGAUGUGGUGGUGGGGGAGCCAGUGACACCAGUGGCACGUUUACCCAGUGAAGAAUGCAUAUCAGAGUGUAAACUGGUAGAUGCUCCCGCUGCCUCAGCCACACUUAAUGAUGCUGAACCAGAGCCUGUGGCAAAGAAAACCCCAGCUCCAGUCCAACCUGAGCCUCAGGUCUCAAUCAGCAAACCAUCGCCCCCAGAAUCAGAACCAGCUGCAGAAUCAAAACCUGUUGCUGAAGCUCAGCUUGUCCCAGAACCAGCUCCAGAACCAGCCUCAGAACCUGUUCCUGAACCAGAGCCUACCUCAAAUCCAGAGGCAGAAGUUGAGGCUGUCCUUGAGCCCAUCACAGAGUCAGUACCAGUACCAGUACUAGCUGAGGCUCUGGAGCAGCAGACAGACAUGCUUACACAAGAAUCUCUCCCCGAGCCAGCGCUUUCUUCACCCACUUUGAUCGACUUGGCUGUCCCUGAUGUCUCUCCCCAACCUGUUAACACUCCCCCCUCCCCAGCUCCCAUCCCUGACCCAGUCAGGGCAGACGAGCCCUCGGACAUCCCAGUGACAGAGGAAUGCCAAGACAGUGCUGAGGCUGCUGAGAGUUCCACGUUUGAGCCGGGAAAGUCGGAGGAAACAACAGAAUCUCUGGAAAAGCCGACGGAGGUGGAGGCCACAGAGAAUUCAGAGCAGCUUGUGAGUGAUGUCAAUGUGGAAAGCGUGAGUGGGCUCCUACAAAACUUGGAGCUGAAAGGAAAUGACCUUGUCUCUGACUUCAUUCCCAGUGAUGUCAAGAUCCCUGAUGACACUCCCAUCACAGACAUAAGCACGUCUACUGAGCUGAUGUGAAUCCUCUGAAGAGAAUUCAAGCAAUAAGUGAAAUGGGUGUUUUUCUAUGAAACCUCCUUAACCUUACACGUGACUUCCGAAAGAAUUACAGAUCCAAUGGUUUUUUUUUUUUCUUCACUUGUGUGGCCUAAUAAAGGCAAACUUUUUUUUCUCUUUCAAAAUGAACCAAAUGUGCCAAAUGAGCUCUGGAACAAACUGAUUUUCACCCCAAACUAAGUAUUGAUCCAGUGCUGUUUUUUAAAUACAUGUAUACAGCCAUAUGUUGUGUGGGGGUGAUGAGCAAAGGAGCUUAAACAGGACAUUGAAUACAAGUGUACUUAAGUGUAUUGAUUGACAACAGAGAUCUUCCUCUAUGCAAAAUCACUUAGCAAGAAUUAAAUGCAUUUCUCGUAGGGACUUGAAGAAAAAGCCAUUACUACAUAACAAUCUAAUAGCAAAAAAGACAGAAGGGAGUGUUAAAGAAAAAAAAUCACAUUGAUUGAGUGCAAAGGGAAAAGUAAGAGCUUUUUGAAGCGGAUAACUCAAAAGUUAAUGCAAAUGGACAGGCAAGGGACAGAGGCAAUGCAACCAAAGAUGGAGACCAUGUAUGACUACAGUAUAUAGAAGGAUACCAGUAUGAAUACACAUUUAUGCCUUAACAAUAUUUGCCAUAUUUCUCUAAUAGGAGUGACCAUCUCCUUAUUGCAUUUUAAUAAGGGUGUGUGUGUGUGUUUUUUUUUUGUUUUUUUUUUAAGUAGUGGCUUGCUUGUGAAAAUAAAAAACAUUAUUCUGUG